CUCCUGAAGCGCAGAGCUCAGGACUCCGCUGAAUCCGCUGUGUCCGGGUGAAGAUGGCCGCAGGUCCCCUCUCUGUAUCCUCCAACGCGUCAACAAAUAAUGAUGGGAUUCUCAUCGGGGACAAAGUGUACUCGGAGGUGUACCUCACGAUUGACAACUCUCUCAUCCCCGAGGAAAGGCUCUCCCCGACGCCGUCUAUGCUCGAUGGCCUCGACCUGAGCACGGAGACCGACCUUCGGAUACUGGGAUGCGAGCUCAUCCAGUCCGCGGGGAUUCUGCUCAGGCUACCGCAGGUCGCCAUGGCAACUGGCCAAGUACUCUUCCACCGGUUCUUCUACUCCAAAUCGUUCGUGAAACACAGUUUCGAGAUUGUGGCAAUGGCGUGUGUAAACCUGGCGUCCAAGAUUGAAGAAGCUCCCCGACGAAUACGAGAUGUCAUUAAUGUGUUUCAUCAUUUGAGACAGAUAAGAGCCAAAAAGACUCCCACACCACUGAUACUUGAUCAGAACUACAUAAAUACCAAAAACCUAGUGAUCAAAGCAGAAAGACGUGUCCUGAAGGAGCUGGGAUUCUGUGUACACGUUAAGCACCCGCACAAGAUUAUCGUCAUGUACAUUCAAGUUCUGGAAUGUGAAAAGAACCAAACGCUGGUGCAGACCGCCUGGAACUACAUGAAUGACAGCCUGAGGACCAAUGUGUUUGUGCGGUUCCAAGCUGAGACCAUUGCCUGUGCCUGUAUCUUCCUCGCGGCCCGCGCUCUGCAGAUCCCACUGCCCUCCAGACCUCAUUGGUACCUGCUGUUUGGAGCCACUGAAGAGGAAAUCAAAGAGAUCUGUAUCACUACGUUAAAACUGUACACCAGGAAAAAGCCCAAUCUGGAGCAGCUGGAGAAGGAGGUGGAGAAGAGAAAGGUGUUCUUAGCCGAGGCCAAGCUCAAGGCCAAAGGCCUGAACCCUGAUGGGACCCCUGCACUGACAUCAGCCGGAGGAUUCUCGCCGGCCUCCAAGCCCUCGUCUCCUAAUGUCACUGUCAAAGUGGACGACAAGUCCCCCAACUCACAGAACCUCAAAACUGUCAAGAAGGAGCCAGACACUCGGAACCAGGUCUCCAAGAGUCCACAUAAUGGGCUGAGAAGAGAAGCAAAGAUUGGAAGGAACAGUAGGAGUGGAAGCAGAUCCCGAUCAAGAACACGAUCCAGGUCAAGAUCCCGGUCUCCACGGCGACAUUACAGACGCAGCCGCUCGGGGACCUACAGCUCACGGUCUCGCUCCCGUUCUCACAGCCGAAGUCCAUCACCACGACGACACCCCCCUUCCCCUCUACUGCCCCACCUCAAGUCCAAGUCCACUCACCACAACAGUGACUCUAAGAGCAGCGGGAGACACAGCAACAGUGGCUCCGGUCACAAGAGGAAGCGUUCGCGCUCGCGCACUCCCAUCAAAAUGGACAGAGAGCGGGAGAGAGAGCGAGACAGGGACAGAGACCGAGAGCGCUUUGACCUUUCCAAGAAACACAAGCACGAGCGAAGCGGCAGCCACAGAGAGCGCAGAGAGAGGGAGAGGUCUCGCUCCUAUGACAGAGAGCGAGACCGGAGCCAUAAGAGCAAACACCACAGCAGCAGCAGCAGCAGCCACUCAGGACAUGGCCGCCACCGCCGCUGACGCGCAUACACAUAUAUUCACAUGCAUACACACAUAUUCACACACGUACAACACGCGCAUACACGAGCUCUGGGGCUGCUGUGGUGUCUCUGAACUCUCCAACCUACAGAACAAAUGUAUGAGGACAAAGUAAAGUCAUUUUACAUUUGUGAAUUUUAAGUAAAUUUAAAUGGAUUGAAAUUAAGUUGAUUGGUGCAUGCACAAUUAAAACCAAAUAUUGCAAUCAGAGUUCAUCUUUAGUUUUGCAAAGAACUGAAAAUAGGACCUGUAAGGACUUCAUGGUGAGUAUUGAAGUUAUGGCAGGAACAAUCAGACGUCACAUCAGUCCCAGAGAGAGACGAACUUUUUUCCUACAUUUUCUCAUCUGAUUUCUCACCCUUGUAUUUCUGGUUUAACAUGUAAGUUUACAGAUUCUGAGGGGCUAUAGAAACUUAUUUACAGUGUAAAGAUGUAAGAGGUGAUGGCUACUGGCACAAUGUGAAUGCUUUAAUUUUUAAAAGCAAAUUGUCUUGUGUCAAGUUAAAUUAAAAAUGUAAAAUAAAGAUUGUCUUUCAGGAAUGAUCACUGUUUGCACAUGGAGGAGGCUGCAGAGGGUGGUAAUCAUAUUUGUGUUAGGACACUGUCUGUACAGCAGUUUUCAAAGGCAAACUGGUCCAUUUUUUUACAGAGGGGGAAGCGGACUAAAAUAUUUUAGAGCAGAUGUCAGUUUGUAACACUGGUUUUAGUCUGCAUGUGUACGUGUCGCAUUUUUAUUGAGUAAUAAAUGAGUUCUGUCAUUGA